UGUCAAUGUUCAAAAGGAAUUAUACUGCAAAUAUUAUUUAGUUCAAAUUCCUCUUUCUAUUCAUAUAAAAGCAGUUUCCUGUUCGCAGUGUGACUGAUGGAAUCCAUGUUGCUGAAGCGGACGUGAAGGACUCACCUCGGGUGUAGCAGGCCUGUUUGUCUGCGCUGGAGCAGUCGAGCAGCAGGUGGUUCACCAUCAGAAAGUCCUCGCCAUAACACUGGAUGGAAAACUGUUGAGCUGCAACACAAACACAAACAGGUCGCACACAGCUGAGACACAUGUGAACGUCCUUCAGAAGACCGAGCUACCUGAGAGCAGCGGCAGCAGCAGCAGCAGCAGCAGGUAGAACUUCAUGCUUCUGCUUUUCAGUUCGUGAGACGGAAGCUGAACUGACGAGAGGAACCACUCGGACUUUUAUCUGCAGCUAAAACACACAAACACAAAGGUUAACUGAAGUCCACGUCACAAACCUCUGUUGUUUGACUAAACUUUGAUCAUUCCUGGAUUUGACUCAUGGGUCCAUAUUGGAUGAGAAGGUGAUUCUGCUGAGUCAUGACUAGUGUGCUGAGUUUGAGGUAACAUGAGUAUUCAUUGUGUCUGUGAGGCACCUGCCAUGUUUGUAUAUAAGGAGUCUAUGUCUAUUGUGAAAAGAUACUAGGAUGUGUUUUUAUUGCAUUAACGGAUACAUAUAUAUCUUGGAUGGAGCUGAACCCUUAGUUAUUAGGGCAGAUUUGGACCAACAGAGCGUCCACCUAUCAGGAGGCCCGUAGAGAAAGAGGCGGAGCCUGGUCCAAUAACCCUUCUGGUUUGCAGUAAUCAUCUUUGUCAAGUGUUUCAGAAAAGUUCCUGAAGAUGAAUCAGGGGCGGGAACAUGCAGUUCCUUCAGCUCUUUGUUCCACUGAAGAUCAUCAGGAACAUCUCUGUGGUGCCACCCGUCGUCCUCCUGCUUCCUUCGUGGUGUUGUUAAAGAUGUUUUUAUUCAAGGAAACAAACAAACUUGUUGCACAAAGACUCCGAGUGAAGAUGGGACAGAAGCUGCUGCUGCUGCUGCUCGCCGCUCUGGAGAUGAGUGUGAUCGCCAGCCGCCAUCAUGACCUCCAUCAUGACCUCCAUCACGACCUCCAUCAUGACCUCCAUCAUGGCCGCUCCAUGCCCGGCUCCCUGUCCAACAUCAGCAGGGACGACCGCGGCCUCCAGCAGGUCGUGCUCGCCGCCGCCUACUCCUUCAACAACCAAUCAAAUGAUGCCUUCCUCUUCAGGCCGUCUGCCAUCCACCGGGCGCAGCGACAGAUCGUUAAAGGAAUUCGUUACAUCGUAGAUUUGGACAUUUCCAGAACGGUUUGUCGUAAACGAGACGACGACGACUUGUCGAAGUGUCGCUUCCAACCCGAAGGUCGACUCCACCAGGUGUUUCAGUGUCACUCUGUGGUUUGGGUGAUUCCCUGGAGACACCAGACAAACGUCCAGAUCCUCUCCUGUGGAAACAGAAGCUUCAGGAUCCGAUGAACCACGAGGUCACGAGGUCUCACCUGGUCACAUGGUCUCACGAGGUCACAUGGUCUCACUGUCCGUCAUCCAGUCACACGCAAUAAAAACUGUUUAAUAAUAA